GAAAAGGAGUGCUUGGUCGUUGCAGAGACGUGACAGACUGCAGACAUGCUGAGGUUUUUGUUGUUGACAACUCUGGCAGCCUUGGCGCUGGCUGAGGAGCAGCCUGAGCCCAGGUAUCUGGAGGACAGUCCUGAAAGGGUUGUUGGAGGUGAGGUGGCUUCACCAAACUCCUGGCCCUGGCAGAUUUCUCUUCAGUACAGAUCAGGCAGCAACUACUACCACACCUGUGGAGGAACUCUGAUCGAGAAGGGCUGGGUGAUGACUGCUGCCCACUGCGUGGACAGCUCAAGGACCUGGCGUGUAGUUUUGGGCGAACACGCUCUGAACAGCAACAGCGGCCGCGAGCAGAUCAAGUCCGUCAGCAAGGUUUACAUCCACCCUGGAUGGGAUUCCAGCAGCGUCGCUAAAGGUUACGACAUUGCCCUGCUGCGUCUGUCCUCUGACGCCACCCUGAACUCCUACGUCCAGCUGGGCUCCCUGCCUCCGUCUGGCCAGAUCCUGCCUCACAACAACUUUUGCUACAUCACCGGAUGGGGUCGCACCUCCACCGGCGGCAGCCUCUCCCAGCAGCUGAAACAGGCCUACCUUCCUGUGGUGGACCACAAGACCUGCACCAGCUCUGGCUGGUGGGGCAGCACCGUCAAGACCACCAUGGUGUGUGCAGGUGGCGCUGCUGAGGCUGGUUGCAACGGCGACUCCGGCGGCCCUCUCAACUGCUUGGUGAAUGGAAAGUACACAGUGCACGGCAUCGCCAGCUUCGUCUCAGGCUUCGGCUGCAACGCUCGACAGAAGCCCACCGUCUUCACCCGCGUGUCUGCCUACAUCAGCUGGAUGGACUCGAUCAUGUCCUAAGGAGAAGAUGGCAUCUCAUCACAUCUCCAUGAGACCAACUACAGCGCUAGCAUCUGGCUUCAUCUCAACACAAUAAAUGGGUCAAACCUU